AUGUCAUAUAGAGAACUUCGUAACUUCUGUGAAUAAAUGAGGGCUUUAGGAUAUCAUAGAAUUAUUUCAAUGGAAAACUUUAGGAGGCCUAAUUUUGAAUUAGUUGCUGAUAUCUUAUAUUGGUUAGCCUUAAAGUAUGACCCAAAUACAGACAUAUCUGACAAUAUUGAUGAAGAAGUAAUUAGUGUAAAUUAAAAUAUAGCGUCAUCGAGUUGAAUUUAUAAAAUAGGUUACUACUCUUUUUGUUAGUAAAGCUAGACUCAAGAUAAAUCCAAAAAGGUUAUAUAUGGCUGAUGUUUAUGCAGUUCAAGAAAUUUUGAAAAUUUCAACUUUUUUAUAUAAAGCAUAAAUCUCUUCACCUGCAGAAGAGGAUGAAGUGCAUGAUUUCGUAAACAUAUUAAUCUGAUUUUUCCAAGUCACUUCCCUCUAAAUUAAGUAAUAUUAAGAGUCAUAAGGUAUUGGCAUAAGAAAUAACUGACUUAGCCACAAGAUUAUAUGAUUAAUUAGGAAAAGAGGAUGAAGUGAGAAUUGCAAGAGUAUUAGUUCAAAUUUUAUAGUUAGGAAAAAGCCUUAUAAUUCUUAUAGAAUGUAUCUAGAAGUGGAAACUCUCAAUCUGAAUAAUCUUAUAUUUAAAUAUGCAUUUAAACUAUACUAAAAUAAUAAGAAUAAAGCAUAUAAGAUAUGUCUAAAUAUGUAAGUGGUUUAGAGAGAGAACAAAAAUAGAUUGAAGAAAAAAUAAAGAGAAAGACAAAGGAAUUAGAAUAGGCUGAAAAAAGAUUGAAAGGAAUGACUAGUGUAAAACCUGCUUAUUAAGAAGAAUAUGAUAGAUAGGAAUAUGAAUUAGAAAAGUUAUAUUAAGUAAAUUAUAUAUUUAUAUUUUAUAGAUUUAUGUUGAGAAAUUUAGAAAUCUUGUAUAUUUAGAACAUGUUUUAGAUGCUCAAAAUAAAUAAUAAGAAAUAUAAUAGAAAAAGAAAGACUAAGUAUUAUAAGGAUUUAAAGGUGCAAUUGAGCAGGCAGAAAUAAUUGAUUUAAGAGGUAGAGAUGAUGAUGGAAAUGAUGAUUAGUUAGAAUAAUUAGGAGAUGAUUCUAGAUUACAAUCAAGCAAUUAAGAGAAAAGAAAUAAUGAAUUUAUGAGAUAAUAGCAUGGUGGUUUUAAUAAAUAAUAAAUGGAUGAAGAUGGAGAAGUAGAUGAUAUAGAUGAUUUAAGUGGUGGUGAAAACGAAGAAGAAGAGGAAGAAGAAGAUGAUGAUGGAAUUGAAAAUUUAGAUGAUGAUGGUGAAGAUGCAGACUUUUGA